CUUAUUUGACAUUUAACAGCGUCUAUUAACUGACCGUGUUCGUUUUUUAAUUUUGAAUUUAUUCAAUCAUUUUAAACGUUUAUAUUGUUUAUUAUUGCUAUAAUAAUGGAUCACGAGGGUUUCCAUUACAAACUUAAUAAAACUCGUGAUGGUAAACGUUACUAUGUGUGUGCCACCAACAAUGUGUACUGCAAAGGUACUGCAGUACAGACUGCAGAUGGUAUAAUUAGAAUAAAUAAGCCACACACACACAACGCAUUUGAUAAUAAUUUUCAAGACCAAGACGCUAAAAGGAAAUUGAGGAAUCGCUUGGGCGAAAGAGCCAGAGUGGAAACAACAGCACUAAGGGUUAUCUAUGAUGAAGAAUUAGCUAAUGACGAAAGUGCGGCCUUGCUGUAUAGUUGGCCAUCUGCUGAGUCGACGAUGCGGCAAGCCAGAAGGCAAACGUUACCACCUCUGCCUUCGACUAUACGCGAGCUCGGUGAAUACCUUGACUCCAACGUAGACAGGUUUCAAUGCAAUAACAGCUCUUUUUAUCAAGAAUGGUUAGUAGAUUCAGAUGGCAAAUAUAACAUUAUGUUUGCUUGCCAUGAGCUGAUCAGUGCUGUGGUGCGGCAAGGCACCACUGAUCUGCAUGCUGAUGCAACGUUUAAAGUUGUUCCAUCUAUGCCUCAAUGUAGACAACUUUUUAUCAUACAUUUGAUUCUACAAAACCAUUCAAUACCAGUAUGCUACGUUCUAAUGGAAUCAAAAACUGAGGCAGCAUACAAAAAAGUUGUCGAGAGGUUUCAUGCAAAAUUUCCAGAAGUGCGCCCACUAACAAUUAUGAUAGAUUACGAAUCCGCUCUGCAUAAAGUGUUUAGCCAAAUUUAUCCAGAGGCACAGAUAAAUUCAUGCUGGUUCCAUUAUGUACAGGCUUUACAGAAAAACAUAAAAAAAAUGGGCUAUGUAGAACAGCUUAAACAAAGCAUUGAGGCAAAAAAAUGCUUUAAAAUGUGUGCGGCUUUGGCAUUGUUACCUGCAAAUAGAGUGGAAGAAGGCUUCCAGGAAGUAAAAAACCAUGCGGCAAACAAUAAUGUGUUGUUGCCGAGAUUCUUUACGUACUUUACCAGUUAUUGGCUAACUCGCAAGGGUGCAGAAUGCUUUUCGGUGCACGGGCAACCUCGUCGUACAAACAACAACGUUGAAAGCUUCCACUCAACGCUUAAACAAACUUUCCAAGUCACGCACCCAAAUCUCUGGAAAAUGUUAGGUAAGUUAAUUUUAACAAAAUUAAUCUAGAAAGUAACCUUUUAUUAUAAAUAUUAUUAAUAAAAACACAAGUUACACAAUAUAGGGUUCUAGGGGUACGAGGUUCCGACCGGUUAGCCGUCGCUAGCGGUGUACUAACAACCCAUGCUAUAACACACAAUAUAAAAAAAAAACCUAAGCUUCUUCUAAAGGAACAUAACUAAACAAUUUUUACUGUUGUGGAUAUUCCUAUCAAAUAUUAAGUCCAUCUUGUUGCCAAACUAUUGACUGUCUAUCACCCAGAGGCAAGUCAUCUAACAAAACUGGCAACAUGUUUUUUAAAAAAAUUAAGUAAGUCUUGCCAGUCAAAUUGCUUUCAAAAAAAUAUGGGCCAAUAAUUUUAUUAUUUAAUAGCCCGCGACAAACAUAAACACCCCAUCUAAUUUGCGAUUUAUUUUGUUUGUAUAAAUGAGGGUUAAUAUAGGACCAGUAGUGGCGAUUAUGCUUAUUUACCAUACCGUUGUUAUGAAACCUAGCUUCAUUUGUCCAUACAAUUUUGUUUAAAUAAAAUGGAUCGUUAUCCAUUUUAACCGUUAUAAUAUAUGCGCACCGUACCAUUC